AUGCGUCAAGAACACAACCUUGUGGUUGUGACAGCCGACCAUACAGUGAGUUACUUCACCUCGCUGUCCAGACAACAGGAGUUUGAAGGAAAUACCAAGAGCGUGAUCCCGCUUUUCUCCGUAACGUACUUCUUGACAAUAACCUUUUCGAUCAUCUCUUGCCUGAGACUGAGCUGUAUAAGAAAUAACGUCUGGCUUGCAUGCUGCGGAGUGCUUUCUGCUGGUUUAGCUGUAUUAAGCAGCUUUGGAUUGAUGCUCAUCUGUGGAGUGCCGUUUGUGGUCACUGUAGCAAAUGCACCAUUUCUUAUUCUAGGAGUUGGUGUUGAUGACAUGUUCAUCGUGAUCGCUGCCUGGGAACAAAGUUCAAGAAAAAAACAGAAAUCUGAUGUUAUAUCUCGGUUGGCUGAGACAUACGCAGAAGCAGCACUUUCUGUGACCAUCACCACUCUCACAGACGUUUUGGCCUUCUUCAUUGGCACCUGGACUGCUUUUCCAUCCGUGAGAUCAUUUUGCCUCUACACCGGCACUGCUUUUGUCUUCUGCUAUAUAUAUACCAUGACCUUCUUUGGGGCAAUUAUUGUAUUAAAUCAUAAAAGGGAGGAAGGAAACCGACACUGGCUAACUUGUAUGCCUGUGGGAGUAGAUCAGGAUCAGGCUGAGAAGUCGUGCUGGUACAACACUUGCUGUAUAGGCAACUGUUCUAGGCAGUCAUCUCAGCUAGAAACCAAACAGCCAGAAAGUGAACAUCCAAUGAGCAUAUUCUUUAAGAAGAAUUAUGGUCCUUUUUUUACAAAUAAAUGGAUCAAGCUACUUGUGGUGUUACUGUACGGAGUGUAUUUGGGUGGCAGCAUCUAUGGAUGUACUCAGAUCAGGGAAGGCAUCGAUCUUCGAAAUCUGGCAAGUGAUGACUCUUAUGUUAUUCCAUACUAUGAUGACGACGACAAAUACUUCUCAGCAUAUGGACCCAGGGUCAUGGUUGUCAUUACUGAAAGUGUAGAUUACUGGAAUGAGACUGUUCGUCUUGGCAUUGAGAACUGCAUGCAGAAUUUAGAGGGCAUUUCCUAUGUAGAUAAGAACCUCUCAGAGUCAUGGCUGAGAACGUACACAAAACUUGCUGAAAAUGGUUCGAUAAAUAUAAGCAAUAAGACUCUUUUCAUUAAUAACUUACCUAUGCUGUUCCAAAUGGUUCCCAGUUUUGAGUUAGACAUUAAUGAGACUCAGGAUAAAAUAGAAGCUUCACGUUUCUUCAUCCAGACGGUGAAUGUGACCUCAGCCGUGGAUGAGAAGAAUCUUCUCAAUCAGUUGAGAGAGACAGCCGAGCAGUGCAGUAUUCCAUUAAUGGUGUACCACCCAGCGUUCAUCUACUACGACCAGUACCUGGUAAUAGUGCAGAACACCAUUCAGAACGUUGCCAUUGCUGCCGGGGCAAUGCUUGUCGUCUCCCUUCUGCUAAUCCCCAACCCGCUGUGUUGCUUGUGGGUGACUUUUGCUAUAGCUUCUGUUAUCGUAGGUGUUGCUGGUUUCAUGAGCUUUUGGAAUGUCAAUCUAGAUUCCAUAUCCAUGAUCAACCUGGUCAUUUGUAUAGGGUUUUCAGUGGAUUUUUCUGCGCAUAUUUCCUAUGCCUUUGUUGCAAGUGGAGAGUCCUCUGCCAAUAAAAGGGCAAUUGAAGCUCUGUCCCUGCUAGGUUACCCGGUAUUACAAGGUGCAGUUUCUACCAUAUUGGGGGUAGUUGUCCUGGCUGCAGCAAAAGCCUACAUCUUCAGGACCUUUUUCAAGAUAAUGUUCCUUGUUAUUUUGUUUGGGGCUCUUCACGGUCUUGUUUUUAUUCCAGUGUUUUUAACCUUUUUUGGAAACUUUGGCAGAUCACCCCACAGCACCACAUCUAAAGAGCUAGAGCUUAGGUUUAGAAAUGAUAAAGACUGUCCGUGA